AGUAGACGAUCUUCGGCGGAGCUAGCCGGCUAACUACUAGCUAGCUCAACAGACGCCAUUUGGGGAGAAAUGCAGGCAUUCGCAUCGGCUCGAAAGAGGAAGUAGCUCCCAGUCCAGACCCGGUUCUCCCACACCUGUUGGUAGACAGUGAUCCAACUCAGAUCCGCGCAUGCUGUCGACGUGUUUCUCUCCUGAUUUUAGCUCCUUUUUUAAAAGUCGGAAGCUGAUGUGAGCUACGCAGGACUCCAGUUCCGAUCGGGGUUAGCAUUAGCAUCGUUAGCUUGUAGGUAACGGCUGUUUUGAUCAAGAAAAAGGACCCGAGGACUUGUCCAGGAAACUGCCAGCCAUGGCGGCCGGGGGGACGGGCGGCAAGACGUACUCGUUCAAGGUGGUGUUGUUGGGGGAAGGCUGCGUGGGGAAGACGUCGCUCGUGCUGCGAUACUGCGAGAACAAAUUCAACGACAAACACAUCACAACUCUACAGGCGUCCUUCCUCACGAAGAAGCUCAACAUCACGGGGAAGAGGGUGAACCUGGCCAUAUGGGACACGGCCGGCCAGGAGCGAUUCCACGCGUUGGGUCCCAUCUACUACAGAGACUCCAACGGAGCCGUGCUAGUCUACGACGUCACCGACGAGGACUCCUUCCAGAAGGUGAAGAACUGGGUGAAGGAGUUGAGGAAAAUGUUGGGGAACGACAUUUGUUUAUGUAUAGUAGGUAAUAAAAUAGAUUUGGACAAAGACAGACAUGUCUCAGUGGAAGAGGCUGAGAGUUACGCCGAGUCGGUGGGAGCCAAACACUACCACACAUCAGCCAAGUUAAAUAAAGGCAUCGAGGAACUCUUCCUAGACCUCUGUAAACGGAUGAUGGAGACGGCGCAGGCCGAGGAGCGGUUGAAGGGCAACGGAGCCAGCCAAUCAGCAUCGAGUAGGCGGGGCGUACAGAUCGUCGACGACGAACCACAAGCCACGCCCGCCGGAGGAUGCUGCUCUUCUGGCUAACACACACACACAUACACACACAUACACACGCAUACAUGCACACACACACACACACACACACAUACACACGCAUACACACGCAUACAUGCACACACACAUACACACGCAUACAUGCACACACAAACACACACACAAAUACACACACACACGCUUGCAGACACAUUCACGAGUGUUUCUGUUGCUCUAAAAUCCUUAAAAAAAAAAAAA